GCUGAUUUAUUUCUUAUGUUGCUCAAUUGUAAUUUUUUUUGAUAGUUUGUCUAAAAGAUAACUUUUGUGAAAUGUCAACGCGGUGGUAUCCAAUUUAUCAACGUGGUAAUCCGCAGCUACGCGUCUUCUUGCCAAACUUUUGGAUGAAACUGGUGCGACCCACCGAGGAUCAGCCGGCAAAUGUUGUCACCUUUGCUGUAUCGACGGAAAUGACGAAACACGAUGUUAAAAACUACCUAGAAAAGAUCUACAAAGUGCCUGUGGUCGAUGUGCGUACACGAAUCGCAUUGGGCGAGACCAAUCGUGAUCUGACCUACGGCUAUGUGACCAAAAAAGAUGAUGUCAAAUUGGCUUAUGUAACCAUGCCCAAAACGGAAGCGUUUACGUUCCCAGAUCUCUUUGCGAGCAAGGGAGAGAAACAGGAGAAGGAUGAGAAGUCAAUGGAUGAGUCAAAGGAGGGAUUUCGCCGAUUUCUGGAUCGCAAUAAGAAGAGACCCGGCACACCAGGCUGGUUCUCCAUUUAGGCACUUAGUUUACAUAAUAGUUUAAGCUGUUUUUGCAACGAGUAAUAACAUUUAUUAUGAAAAAAGCACAACAAACUUAAA